AUGAAGUUGAUCAUCUUAGCUGUUUUGUUGGCCAUGUUGGGAAUUUCAAUGUCACAGGUCUGUAACUAUGACUGUACACAAAGUGGAAUUGAUUACCUUUGCGGAAAAACUGUGCGGAACGGUAGGGAGAUUCGAUGCACCUACAAAAAUCCCUGCGAAAUGGAUCAGCAUGCGUGCCAAAAACGCGAAGAGUGGAAAAAAGACACGACAGGUCGAUGCACACGCGAUUCGGAUGAAUGCAGACGGUAG